AUGGUCGACUGGGUACUUUUUCGCUGUGAGCAGACAGCCCGCGAAACUUCUCCCUCCCACCCAGACAAGAUCCAUCCCAAGCCACUUACACUAGUAUCGGCAAGGUCGAGCCGACAGAAGUAUCCCAAGACCUUCCAGCGUUUCAUCGCCUUCAUCUUCCGUACCUACCGCCUACCAAGCUUCCAACGACAAGACCUUCUCCCCGUCCGAUUUAAUUCGGAGCAGCAGCAGCUACUUGGUACUAUCUGGUCCCACGAAGCUUGGAACGAGGAACAGCUCCUUCGGUGGAUCCUAGCUGGAAAGCCCGCUCGUCAGCUGCGGCCGACAGCUAAGGAAGAACGGCCUACUCCAACACCGAGUAAUAGGGAACAGAAACAGUCCGUCUCAAAACCCUUAGCCAAACGUCUGUCGAGAAAACGCUCGUUUAACUACUAUCGGCAAGACACCAAGUCGGACUCCCAACGAGAUACCACUAAGAUACGUCGGGACGACGAAGACGACGAGGACGAUAAUAAGAGCGGCCACUCCGACGAAGAUACAAGGUCCAAGACGCAAGUACACUGCAGAAUCAAGUGA